AUGCAAAUACGAGUGCGUGGGGCGUUACGAGCACACGCCCUCACUCAACCCUUUGAGGAGGCCUGUCAAGUAAUGACAAUGGUGCAGACAACUAUCACCAUGGCCACCAACGAGUUCCCUCACGAUACCAUGUUGUGGGCUUUCGAGCAGCGUUUUCAGAUUCUGCUGAACGAAAUGCUAGCUCUUCGGUACCGCGAGGAUUACGAUCGGCUCCUUGAACGCCGAAUCUGGAGGCGCCGUCGCUGA